UUGACUUCCUUUAUUAUUAAAAAGCCAUAAGCGAACCAGACUUAAACAAAAAUACGAUUCGACCUUAUGUAGACAGAGAAAUUGAUUCUGUCACGUUUCCCUUCAACCUCGUACCCACCAGCGCUAGCCUCGAGUCUAGCCCACGAGUGACGGGUAAACGAGUGCAGUUACAUAACUUACAUCUCCUACAGUCUACAAUGUCGUUAAGUGAUUGUGGAUUAGGAAUCCAGUAACUUGAGCGGUAAACGCGAGCAUUGUUACCGUAUUCACGUGCACAAAAGUACAAUAGGCGGACUGGAUUGGUUUUUUUCUCAAAUCUGCUGGGAUAUAUUUCACAUUUCACCGUGGUAAAAACAGUGGUGAAAUUAACAAAGAGAAUUGAAACCGAUCAGCUACGUUCAUGUCGUCGAUAAAUCAUGUCUACUAACCUAGAAUUGGAAUUGAGUAGACUCAAAUGGGACGCAGACUCGCAUGUUUUGGACCAUUUGCUGGAUAAGUACACAUUGCCCAGGAUUGUCAAAGUUACUGGGGGAUUUUAUGGCGUUUCAGAUGAUUCCACGCUCUGCAAUGGUACGAUAUUGUGCUUGCAUUCCGUCCAAUCUGGCGAGAAGGUGCAUGGUCGCUUGAAUUGGGGAAGGGGAAAAGAUAUUUUGAUUCCCCUCGAUUGUCGAACCAAGGUCGAAGUUCGCCGGUCGGAUUUAAAAGACGUUUAUGAACGUGUAGCAGAACUUUGUUCCCAUUUUCCGAAAUACGUUCGCGUAUCACAAGGUUGUUACACUGAGCCAUCAGGGGAGGUUUUAGUGGAAGUCGGAGAUAAAUUGCAGUUGAAGGGCAUCGACAAAAGCAAGAAAAGGAAAGAGAGAUUAAUAUGUUUCGACCAACAUUGUCAGAAGAUCGAGUUACCAAAAGACACCGUUGCUGGUUUUCAACCUCUGACCGAUGGAAAAGAGUACUACCUAUCAGAUGUUGUAAAGAAAUUCAAGUUGCCAUUGAAUGUACAGUUCGUGGAAGUCGGGUCUCCCAGGUUCGGCAACGACUCCAGGUCGGCUAACGACUCCCCCUGCCAACCGUAUCAAGCAAUUUCCAUUAAUAGUGUCUCUAAAGAAACCGUGGUCACGGCUACCUCGAUACGUGCAAAUGGUAGACACAAUUUGAUUCAAUUCUCUCGUGAUAUGGACGUAGCAUUGAGUGUUUGUGAAGAGACGUUUGCAACCAACGAAGAUUUCCCUAACGUUUUCAAAAUCUUCAACCAAGGUAAAGAAAAAACCGAGACAAACGCCUACGAGUACAUUGACCCUGCUACGAUCAUGGGGAUCAGAGAAAUCAAGGUCGCCAAACCGGCUCCUGACCCACCCCCCAAAAGGCCGAAACCGAACCUCUCCGUGAAACCAAAGACCAAGAAGAAGACAACGCUCGAAGCAACCGUCGAGGCUGAACAAAAUCCUAUUUAUCAAACGAUUGAAGAACAAAACAGCGAAUGCCAGAAAGAUUCAAAUUAUACAGAACUUGGUCCAACAUACGCCUCCGACCACAAAUACGGAGAACUUAUCGUCCAACAACCAAUUUCAAGCACAAAAGAUCAGCCUGAAAAAGCUGCCAAACCAAAAUUGCCCAAAGGUGCAAUCGCCCUGCCAAUCUUAUGGGAUAAGCCACAAGGAAAUAAAAAAUCUAAGAGCGACUCAGAUCUUUCUCAAAAAGCGAGAAGUUUGCCCCCGAAACCUGAUCCACAACCUCAAGAUGAAUAUAGUAUUCCAGAUGAAUGCCCCACCAGAACACCCUUACCUCCGCCUCCACUACCUCGUAGAUCAAGCAGAAAGAAGGACCCGCCAGCCCUUCCACCCAGGCCAAUUUCCGCGCCGCCUGCUCCUACUGAUACGAAACCCCAAAGACCAGAUAGUCCGUAUGAAUCCCCCGAUAACCCACCUGAUCCCAAGCCCUCACCCCAGACAGGUGUAGUUGAGUUAGUGGCUACUCCAGAGCAGACUCUCACGGCUGAACAGGAACGGGAAGAAAUUUACCAAACAAUCGCAAAGUAUCCCCUAGAUCUUUCAGGUUUGAAUGUCGCAGAUGUUGGCAAGUUAUUGAUCUAUUUAGGAAUGGAAAAAUACGUUGAAACCUUCGAGGACGAGUUCAUUGACGGCUCGAUGCUGGCCAGUUUGGACAAAGAAAGUUUGCAAUCAUUGAAUGUAGGCCCAUUUCAUGUCAAAAAACUGUUAAGGUUUAUCGGAGGAUGGCGACCUAGAGUAUAAAUUCAUAUGCAGAAACAAUUUGAUGCAUUUAAAUAAUUCAAAUCAAAUAAUUAAAUUUAUGAUCGUUAAGUUCGUUCUGUUUUCACUAUAUUCUAAAAUAAAAAGAUUGAUAAAAGUAAUGAAAUUAAUAUAAUCACUCCUAAGACUUGAAAAACGAGCGAGAGAGAUUAUCAAACAGCAAAA